AUGGGUGAAGUAGGUGAUAAACCUCCUUCCACAGUUGAAGUCUGGGAUGAGCUCCCCAAUUUACAUCGCAGUCAGGAACCUGCCCAUGUUGAAGAGACAACCCGAGAAGAUCAUCCCAGAAAUGGUGCCAUCCUCUUAGACGUUGGCGCCAAAUGCGAUGUGGAGGGAUUCCAGCGAACGACUAGACUGGCAAAAGAUGAACAUUCAGUUGUGGUUCCCCAGCCAUCAGACGACGCACAAGACCCCCUCAACUGGUCCGCUUCGAAGAAACAUCGCAUCCUCAUCACUCUUGCUGUUGCAGUCUUCAUGGCGGAUUUCCAAGCCACAUCGGGUGUUCCGUGCUUGAUACCUCAGUCGGCAGAGUGGCAUACCACCCCAAAUCACGUUAAUUACUCGGGAAACUUGAAUAUCAUCAUGGCGCAGGCAUCACUUACAAGAUAUCUGGGAGACUUCGCUGACGACUGUCAUGUCAGUGGUAUUGGUGGCAUUCUGGGCAUUCCCGCUCUCUAUUUUUGGGGUCGCGCACUGGUUGCCUUUUGGUCCAUUCUGAUAAGCAUAUUUUUGCAGUUAGGAUGUGCCCGUGUACAGUCCUUUAACACCUUCUAUGCCCUUCGAGCACUGGUUGGCCUGACAUCUCAGCCCGCACUCACAGCCGGUCUAGCCUUCAUUCAGGACAUGUUUUUCUUCUAUGAACAUGCUCGCAAAAUUGGCGUUUGGGCGGCUAUAUUCCUCAUUGCACCCUACUUCAGUCCACUGUUAGGAAAUUUUAUUGUUGCUCAGACGGGGAGCUGGAGGAUCGUCCAGUGGCUGCCAUUUGCCGUUGGCGGGGCAAAUAUCCUUAUGAUGGCUGCUUUUCUGGACGAGACCAGGUACAGGCGCGAUAUUCAGAUGUCUGAGCAGCCAGACCGGGGAGCUAGGCUGCUUAGAAUACUGGGUGUUUGGCAGAUCAGGGUCCAUCAUCACUAUUUCGAUAGUGUUAGGAGAUCUUGCAUGCGUAUUGUCGAGGUGGCUAUCAAACCGAUUAUGGUUCUCGUUUUUAUUUACUAUAUGGCAGUGUUCAUAUGGCUGGUUGGUAUUAACCAGACCUCAAGUAUUCUCUUUGCUACUGCCCGCGCUGAAGGUGGAUAUGGAUUUGGCCAAAACGCCGUGGGAUUUUUAUUCUUCGCACCCAUCGCCGGCAUCAUUGCAGGAGAAAUUUUCGGCCAUUUUUUCAACGAUUACAUCUUUCGACGCAGUCUCCGCCGUCAUAAGGGGCUUUUUGUGCCUGAAUAUUGUCUCCCAACAAUUUACGUUGGCCUUAUUCUCAUGUUCCUGGUUUAG